CGUAGAGUGUAGACUAGCGUUUGUGGUUUUAACUUUCAAGAUGUUUCAAAUUAAUAAUUAUUUAAUUUUUAUUGAUAUAUUUUGAUAUUGUGACACUAUUCUUUUAUAAUUCGUUUGUUUACACAUCAUCUCGCAAAUUAAUCGAUCGCACACAAUUUACAUUCUUAUGAGGGAAUAGAAAUUGCUAUGGGGGACAGCUCAGGCAGCAGUCCUAAUAUUAUAAUUGAUGACCAUUCAUCCAACAAUGCCUCGGAGAAUCCUUCACCACCAAGCCCAGACAUUCUGGAUGACAAUUCUCCCUUAAAUGAACCUUCCCCACACUAUGAGCCUUCUUCUCCACACUAUGCGCCUUCUUCUCCACACUAUGAGCCUUCUUCUUCUACAGUGAAUCCUAACUCACCAAGUUAUGAUGUUAUGACUUCUCUAUAUCGGCCUGCUGCACUUGAAUUACAUCUUGAUUUACCCAUUUAUGAACCUGUAAAUCCUUCUAAUAAUAUUUAUGUUGCUAUACCAUGGACUUAUGAAUCCAGGAAUUUAGAACAAUCAGAAGAUAGCAAUCCAGCUAUAGUUAAUGAAGAAUCAAGUAGUUCACCCCAAGACAUAGUUAAAACUUAUGAAAAUUACCAAGAGCCACCUGCAAAAAUACGACGUUUAAGCUCCCCUAAACAAAAUGAUGACUGUGAUGGAGAAACUUGUCCAAUAUGUUUAGAUAACUGGGGAAAUUCUGGUGACCAUAGACUGGUUGCACUCCGAUGUGGACAUUUAUUUGGAGCAAAAUGUGUUGAAAGGUGGCUCAAGACACAAGUGUCUAAGAACAGAUCUUGCCCUACAUGUAAACGUAAAGCAUCUAUGAAAGAUCUGAGAUUUAUUUAUGCCAGACGAUUAGUAGCAGCAGAUACUACACAAAUAACUGCACUUCAAAAACAAAUAGAAAACUUACAGGCUGAGAAAAAUAGAGUAGAAUUAGAGCUUCAAACAUCCAAAAUUGCACAUCGUUCAAGAUUAUUAGAAUUAGAAGUCCUGCGAAAAGCAUUACUGAAAAAACAAGUCAAUAAAGAAGAGACACCACGAAGAUCUUGGAGGUUUGCCUUAGAAAAAAAUUUGGAAAUAUGUAAGGACGGUGAUUGUCGGGUCCUUACAUACAAUUGUCGAACUUAUGAACUGUACAUAUCACAAAAAAGUUCUAACUACUUGUUUCCUGGUUAUGGAAUCAGAAAAGUAAGUUGUGUUGACUACAAAUUGGGACAGUUUAUGCACUUGCAUCCUAAACCAAUCAGAGAUAUAACAUAUUCUCAACCCAGAGAUUUACUUUUGAGUGCUGGCUUAGAUGGUUGUGUUAGAAUUGUGGAAAGAGGAAUACCCAGCUCUACUAUCAAGUGUGGGGUACCUUUGUGGUCAUGCUCAUGGGACAAUCUAAGAAGCAAUGAGUUCUAUGUUGGGGGCGUAGGUGGUGUCAUUUGCCAGUAUGAUGUUCGUAAUCCUAAUACUUAUAUAAAUAAAGUUUCAAUACCUGGAGAUCUUUCACCAGUUGUGUCACUAUGUUCCACAGAAUUUGGACUGUUAUCAUGCCAAUUAAACUCUUGUAAUUUGUGGAGUGUGGGUAAUACAAGACAAUGGAAGCCGCAUGCAUUGCCGGUAGAUGGUCCUUUUAUGUCACUGUGUUAUAAUGGUGCAUCCCAUCAAGUGUUGGUGUCAGGUAGAGCUAGUGGGGCAGAAAGGUCAAAGUUGACGCUGUGUAAGUUAAAAUCAAGUUUUAAAAGUGAUGAAGUGUCAUUUGAUGUUGAGCAUACAUUCAGUGGAUCUUCUCGAUCAUUAACAAUGUCUCGUGCUGCAUGGGUAACAGCCCCAGGAGCAACUUGGGUGGGUGCUCAUUCAGAAAGUGAGUCUGCAUUAUUUUUACAUGGACUUGAUGGAGCAAGGACAAUGUCUUUGCCUGCAGCGGAACCUGCAUUAGAUGUUUGUGCGGCCCAACUAAAUGGUGACACAGUAUUAGCAGCACUGUCAGCCUCUCGACUUAGAUUGUACAAAGCAGUUUCAACAAAUUCCUGACAGAAAGACUACUGGACAUUGUAAAGGCUGUUUUGCAUUUAAUUAUUGACUAGCUUAGCUUUUAAUUACAUAUUUAAAUUGUC